CCACAGCAAAUUUGUUGUAGCUUCGUAUAUAUAAUUGUCUGCUUAACUAUUCGAUUUUGUAAGAAAACUAUUUCCCAUAUAAUAUGGCAGCGUCAGGAGAGGAAGUGAAACUCUUAGGAGUGUGGCCAAGUCCCUACGUGAUUAAAGUGAAAAUUGCUUUAGAACUCAAGGGGGUGAGGUACGAGUAUCUGGAGCAAGAGAUUUGGGAAAAUAAGAGUGAGCUCCUCCUCAAAUCCAACCCCGUGUACAAGAAGGUCCCAGUUUUGAUCCACAAUGAUCGGCCCGUUUGCGAGUCCGCGAUCAUCCUCCAAUACAUCGACGAAGUUUGGGCCGGAGCUCGGCCCUCGAUCCUCCCCUCGGAUCCGUAUGAACGUGCCAUCGCGCGCUUUUGGGCCGGCUAUUUCGAGGACACGUGGUUUUAUGGUGCAAUAAAGAUUCUACAAGUAAAGACCGAGAAGGAGAAAGCAGAAGCUAUAGAGCAAUCAUUCGCAGGACUUAGUUUACUAGAAGAGACUUAUGAGAAAAGCUUCAAAGGGAAGCCCUUCUUCGGUGGAGACAAUAUUGGCUAUCUCGACAUCGCUCUCGGAAGCUUUCUGGGCUGGGUGAAGACGAUAGAGAAGAUGUCGGGUCUCAAGCUCAUCGACGGGGCGAAGUUCCCUCUCUUAGCGACAUGGGCAGAGCGGUUCUGCUCCGUCGCGACCGUGAAGGAGCAUAUACCGAAAACUGACAAGAUGAUAGAGUAUUGUUCGAAAGUGCUCCAACCUAAAUGGCACGCCCUGAACAACUAAUUUAGUAUUCAAAUACUAUAGCCAGAUAGUUUGCCGCGAAUAAAAGGAAGCGUGUGUAAUAAAAUGAAGAAACAAGUUUAGUGAUCAGCUUUGGAGUAGUGGACUAAAGUAGUGCCCAUGUGUAGCAUGCAUUUGUGUAGUAAUUUCUCUGAAGUAGUGGACUAAAGUAGUGCCCAUGUGUAGCAUGAUUGCAAAUAAAUAUGGGAAUGAUUGCAAAAAUAUUAAAAUGUGGGAAUGAUUGCAAAUAAA